UCGGAGCCGGCACGGCUCAGUCAGUCGCGCCUCGGGGUAGUUCGCUUCGAUGGAUCUCGUCGUUCGCCGGUGCCAGGAGGAGGAUGCGCUCCUCCCGCGGUGGUGGCGCGGACGCGUCGUGAUUACGCGCUCUCGGCACGUGGUCGCACGGAGAUAGCGUAUGCGCGGCUCUACGCCGACGAGACCUUCGGUAUCUCAUUAAAAGGAAGACUGUCAGAUGCGGAACGUGAUGUUGAGAAGGCACGAGGUUUCGGGGCGAUCUCGUACGCGAUAACGGGGUCGGUCUACUCUCUUCCACCGUCGCGGAUCUCGAGGCGCCUUCCAGUAGACUGAGAGAGAGGGGGAAAGAGGAGAAGAGGACGACGAUAUUCGACGAUUUUUACGACGUGCGUAACGUCGCGGAAACUGAACGAAACGUUUCCUCUUUCACGUUUCACGGGGGGAGGGGGAGGGGUCCACGCUAGCGGAAGUGUGCUCUACGUAAGAAGUCGCGUAAGAAGACGCAUUCGACGAGAGCCGAGAGGGGUUUCGGUUGGCUGACGACGACGACGACGACGGACCGACCGACGCCGAGCGUCGCCGCCGACACGGCGUCGUCGUCCACGCAGUGAGCGCGCCCCGCUCGGAAACGCGUGGCGAUCUCUCGGCUCUGAAAACGGAUUGCAGUUGUUGGUGUUCGAAAGCGAUCAGGUGGUGGCCGUCAAUCUUGAGACGUAGAAAUUAAGAGUGCCGUCGUUAUUAGAGAUGUGUAAGGAUUGUUCGAGAAACAAUUUAGUUUCACUCUAGUGGCAUCCUCUACCGAACUUCCGUAAGCAAGGUGCAAAACGUUGAUGGACAUCGAGCAGUCUGGAUUAACUGUAAUCGCCGUCAGUGAUAUCAGUGAACAAUAGUGCACUAGAGCAUUGGGCGACGUUUAUCGUGCCGAGCGGCGCGAUGCGGCGUCGCGUCGCUCGUCGGCACGUCGUCGUCGGUGGUAGCCAAGAGGAGGCCGUCACCCGACGAGCGGCGUCGUCGUCGGCAAGGCCGCCGAAGAAUGGACAACGAACGCGAUAAGAAGAGUCACGGUUACAGCUGUCAGUGCGCUCGUCGACGCGGCACGCGACGCCGACGUCGGCGUCGUCGUCGAUCGCCGCCGUUGUUUACUUGCCGCGCUCGCCGGACAGAUCGGGCGAGUAGCGCGGUGAUUCGCGUGUGAGGUGAAUUCGCGGUCGCCGGCUUGUUGGAUGGAAGAAGUCGACGACGACGAAGGCGGCGACGACGACGCGACGCGAAAUGCCUGGAAUCGUGGUGUUCCGACGACGCUGGAGCGUCGGCAGCGACGACCUCGUCGUGCCCGGCGCUUUCCUGUUCAUCCUGCAUCUCAUAUGGUUGACAGUGCUGGGCGUUCUAUUGGGAAUUCUCGAGUGGGAUCGUAGCGAUACCUGCAUUCUUCUCCUGUGGGACUACGUGAUCGGAUAUGAAGGUCUUUUCGUGGCCUGCAUGGCGGUGGAAUUCUCCAUCUGCUUCCUGGCGACGAGGGGCAGCAUCCUAGACACAACGGCGAGAGCGCCGAUGCAAUACAUUCUUUACAUUCGACUGUUCUUAGUGCUGGUGGAGAUCGGAUGGCUGUGCGCAGGUGUUACAUGGCUAGUGCGUUAUUAUCAAACCUGUCCAGUGGACCAAGCUAAAGAUGUUAUGCUAGGUUUGGUGAUAUCGAACUGGUGCCUGCUGGCGUUGAUGACGGUGACCAUUUGGUGCACGUACGAUACCGCUGGCAGGUCCUGGGUGAAGAUGAAGAAGUAUCAGCGCAGCAUGAGGGAGGCGGAAUCGAGGGGGGCAAGAUUGCAUUAUAAGCGCAGCGGCAGUAGAAGUCGAAAUUGGCGACAACGAAAAGUCAUACGUGCCUACCAAGACAGCUGGGACAAUAGGUGCAGAUUGUUGUUCUGCUGCAUGGGUAAUUCCGAUCGCAAUCGAAACUCGUUUGCCGACAUUGCCCGGUUGUUGAGCGAUUUCUUCCGCGACCUGGAUGUGGUGCCAUCGGACGUGGUAGCAGGUCUGGUGCUGCUCAGGAAAUUUCAAAAGAUCGAGCGCGAAUUGAUAGUGAAGCAGCGCAAGAACGAUACGUACGAGUUCCUGUCGGGAGUGCCGGUCACUCCACGCACAAAGUUCCUGUCCCUGACGGAAGACGGCGAUCUGGGCCAUUUCCAGCUGGCUAUUCACUAUAUGCACUUCGCCCUCGCCGCCUACGGUUGGCCCAUGUUUCUCGUCGAUCCCUCCACCCAACUCUGCCAGUUAUGCACUAGAUUGCAAUGUUGCUGCUGCCUUCCGUGCGGCACUCGUCACGAGGACACGGCGAUCGUCGAGGACAAUUGCUGCCGGUGCAAUUACGCCGCCCUGAGCAGAAUGCUCGACUUGGGGGAGAUCGAAGUCGUCUAUGCGACCUUCCACGUUGACGUUGGCGAGACACCGUUCUUCGUCGCGCUCGAUUAUACGAAGAGAAAGAUUGUGAUCAGUAUACGAGGGACCUUAAGCAUGAAGGACGUACUGACUGACCUAAACGCCGAAGGCGAGAUGUUGCCUUUGUCGCCGCCGAGGGAGGACUGGUUCGGUCACAAGGGGAUGGUGCAGGCCGCCGAAUAUAUACGCAAGAAACUACAGGAGGAGGACAUUAUCGCGCGUGCUCGUGCAAAGAAUCCCUCGAGGGGCACGCACCAAUUUGGAUUGACCUUGGUGGGGCACUCGUUGGGCGCUGGCACGGCGGCGAUUCUCGCGAUUCUAUUGAAGCAAGACUACCCGGACCUGAUAUGCUUCUCAUUCGGGCCACCCGGUGGACUGUUGAGCAUGCCUGCCCAACAGUACACGCAGGAGUUCAUCACUUCUGUAGUGGUGGGCAAGGAUGUAGUACCGAGGAUCGGACUUCGACAGAUGGAAAGUCUGAGGGCGGACCUCAUCAACGCUAUAAAGAGAAGCGUCGAUCCUAAGUGGAAGACAAUAGCGUGCUCGGUGAUGUGUUGCGGCUGCGGCUCGACACCUACGUCGGCGGCCAACCUGGAAGCCGGUGGUUGCAUCAGCGAAUACCAGCGGGACAAGGACCGGGCACGCGCUCAGACCAUCGUACCCAGCGAUUCCAGCAUCGCCCUACCUCUACACAGGCCCCUGUUUCCACCAGGACGGAUCAUACACGUGGUGCGACAUCAUCCGAACAAGGGCGAGCAGAAGUAUGAGACGCAUUGGAGACAAGUGUUGAACAAACACGAGCCAGUGUACCAGGCAUUGUGGGCCGGUCCGUGCGAUUUCGACGAGGUACUGAUCAGCCCAGUGAUGAUACAGGACCACAUGCCGGACAACAUGCUGCGCGCGUUGAACAAGGUUGUGACGACUCUGGGACCGGCGAAGCCGCAACGACUAGUGUUCGGACACGCGUCCUCGACGGAGGCGUUGUCGGAGAUACGCGAGCAUCACGCGAUGGAGAUCCAGGAGCUGGAGUUGCAGGAGCAGGAAAUGCGAGCCCUGCUAUCGCCGUCCACCCCGACGAGGUAUCACCUGGGCAACUUGGCCGGCACUCCGCCGCACCGGCUCUGCCUCGAGACGAGCUUCACGUCGUUGCAGAGCCCGACGGACAUACCGCAGGCCGGUCGUGAGCUCAGCGUGGACUCCCGGGGUAUCCCGUGGGAGUACGUCAGCCUCGCCAGCGAGCUGCUCCACACGCCCAGGCUGGAAGACAGCAAACCACCAAGUCGAUGGGACGAGCCGACGCGUACCGCGCCGUUGGCCACGCCGGAGACGCUGUCGGAGGCGUCGACGAGCAGUCCGCCGUCGCCGGUGGUACCGGCACCCAGGCCGAUGCGACGCACCCCCAAGAUCCCGGGAAACUUGUCGACGGCGGCGGACGAUCUGAAGAACAAUCUGCACUACGCGAUGCUCUCGGCGAAGAAUUACUUCCUGAGGACGGAGCACGCCGGAGGCAGUAACAACGGCAGCAGCAGCGGCAACAGCGAGGCGAGCUACGAGAGCGCCAGGAGUCUGGCCGCCGCCGGUCUUCCGCCGCCGGUCCCGAGACGACGGGACUCUGUUACCAUUAGGAGAGAACAACGGACGUGCACAGCAGCGUGUUGCAGGGACGAUUUAUCGGAAAACUCGUCAACCCACACGUCAUCGCACUCCUCGAGAGUCUCCCAUACUUCGCAUCGUGUUCAGUUCAACGAGGAAGAGAACGACACUAACGGUUCCAGCUUGGAUUUCUACGAGGCAAAGGGCUCCUGCGGCCAGCGGGACAGCAGCAACGACGUCUUUCUCAGCGUGCGCAGCUCACCGGAGUGCAAAGGGCUCAUGGCACCGGCUACGGAUCUAGGUGCUGAAUGGAAGAAAGGAAUCGACGCGACGGGCGUGGGCGGUGACGCCUCGUUACCGCUUCUCCGAGGUUUGUCGCCCACGCCGACUCCCGGCCAACACAAUUCACCAUUUUUCAACGCUAAGCGGAAAAAGUAUGUGUAUCCCAUUACGUUGGUGGGACGAGGCGAGAGCAGCGUCUAGUCGUUAUAGAUUCUAGAUGAGAAUACCGAAGGAAGACACGGUCAACGAUUACGAAAGCGUUCUUCACUCAUUGUCAGUGAAAAUAAAAAACAAGUCAAUCGUAGUUAAAAAAAAAAAGGUAAUGGUAUCGCUCUGUGAGAAUGAUGUAUGAGUUGAUCCUCUUUAACUUUGGCUGAAAGGAAUAUUUGUUGCGAAAGGACUUUUUUUUUUAGCUCAGCGAAUUGAAAUAAAACCAAUCGAGGACCACACAUACACACACCCACACACGAAGCAUAGUAAUAGUAGACGAAAGUAGUUCGGAUACAUGUGCCAAAUUCUUCUCUUCUCCAACUUCCUCUUCUUCCUUAAUCUACGAAAUUCUCAGGUAAUCAAACCAAACGUAUCUAAGACACGUGCGAAGAAAUUUCAUCAAGAAAGGACAACUUUGAAACGCUCUCACGUCUUUUGCGCAUUUGGAUUGUCCAUUUUCGAUUUAUAGAUUCAAACAUACUUUCUUCGAUCAUCGUCUUGUCACGAUACGAAUAUUGCAACUAAUAAUGAGGCAUUACAGUUUUGUAAUCUUACUGUAAUCGUUAUUAUAAACAAUAACUUAUUUAAAUAGGAUUACUUAAAAUAUCAACGACAGAGGAUCCUAAGUGCAAUGUUGAACAAUAAAACCAAGCGAUUAUUUUAAUUGGUUAAUGAAACUAAACGUAAUUAUACAAUAAUUUAUAUUUCUACGGAAUUUUCAGUUCCAUAUCAAAACAUUUAUUUCCAUUACUCGUUUAAUGUCAGAAAAACACAUUUCUGUAAUCAACUAUAAAUCUCUCUAUUAGUCAAAAUUAAAAUAUGUACUGCAGCACGUCGCAGUAACGGCCUAUUUUGUAACAAGAUCGUUUGUUAAGAUUACAGUAGAGUCCAUUGAUUUUUAUAUAUUUCUAAAUGUGGAUUUGUCGGAAUAUAUAAAAAUCAAAUCUCGCAUAGUUCCGUUCGUUUUGAUAUAAUUUGUACUGUUCCUAGAACGUGCUUUAACGUUACGAUGCAAAUUGAUACAACACAGUAUUACUAUUGGUACUACUUUUUUUUAUUACACUCUGAUCAAGAUGCACGAGUUCGAUGCAAUGUGAAUGAAAAAAUAUUUCACGGAACGCUAUUGCAAUUAUCUAGUCCAAAAAACUACGGCUGUCAAGUAUGUGACCUUUGAAGACAUGCUUAAGAAUCAGAGUUUUGAUGUCGCUGUACUUAUGUAAAAAAAAAAAAAAAAAUA